AUGGCUGAAUGGUUAAAGCACCCAACUCAUAAUUGGAGAAUACUUAAUAAUACGGCGAAACAUUUAUACAAAACACCUAUCCCGAGCACACGCAAGGGAACCGUAGACAGGCAAGUGAAAUCCAAUCCACGAAAUAAUUUGGUCCAUGGACGGCACCGUUGUGGUAAAGGUCGUAAUUCCAGAGGAAUCAUUACCGCAAGGCAUAGAGGGGGAGGUCAUAAGCGCCUAUACCGUAAAAUAGAUUUUCGACGGAAUCAAAAAGACAUAUCUGGUAGAAUCGUAACCAUAGAAUACGACCCUAAUCGAAAUGCAUACAUUUGUCUCAUACACUAUGGGGAUGGUGAGAAGAGAUAUAUUUUACAUCCCAGAGGGGCUAUAAUUGGAGAUACUAUUGUUUCUGGUACAAAAGUUCCUAUAUCAAUGGGAAAUGCUACCUUUGAGUGCGAAUCUACUUAUACCGAUAUGCCCUUAGGCACGGCCAUGCAUAACAUAGAAAUCACACGUGGAAGGGGUGGGCAAUUAGCUAGAGCAGCAGGUGCUGUAGCGAAACUCAUUGCAAAAGAGGGUAAAUCGGCCACUUUAAGAUUACCAUCUGGGGAGGUCCGUUUAGUAUCCCAAAACAGCUUAGCAACAGUCGGACAAGUGGGUAAUGUUGGGGUGAACCAAAAAAGUUUGGGUAGAGCCGGAUCUAAGUGUUGGCUAGGUAAACGCCCCGUAGUAAGAGGGGUAGUUAUGAACCCUGUGGACCACCCCCAUGGGGGCGGUGAAGGGAAAGCUCCCAUUGGUAGAAAAAAACCCACAACCCCUUGGGGUUAUCCUGCGCUUGGAAGAAGAACUAGGAAAAGGAAAAAAUAUAGCGAUAGUUUUAUUCUUCGUCGCCGUAAGUAAAUACGUAACUAGGAAUAUGGAAAAUUGCAUUUUUGGAAUUUGCAAUAAUGCGAUGGGCGAACGACGGGAAUUGAACCCGCGCAUGGUGGAUUCACAAUCCACUGCCUUGAUCCACUUGCUACAUCCGCCCCUUAUCCAGCUAAAGGAUUUUUUUCUUUUUUCCAUUGAUCAUUAUUCUAUUUAUUCUGACCUCCGUACUUCGAUCGAGAUAUUGGACAUAGAAUGCCACUCUUUAAAAAGGAAAAAAGGAGUAAUCAGCUGUGACACGAAAAAAAACGAAUCCUUUUGUAGCUCAUCAUUUAUUGGCAAAGAUAGAAAAGGUCAAUAUGAAGGAGGAGAAAGAAACAAUAGUAACGUGGUCCCGGGCAUCUAGCAUUCUACCCACAAUGGUUGGCCAUACAAUCGCGAUUCAUAAUGGAAAGGAACAUAUACCUAUUUACAUAACAAAUCCUAUGGUAGGUCGCAAAUUGGGGGAAUUCGUGCCUACUCGGCAUUUCACGAGUUAUGAAAAUGCAAGAAAGGAUACUAAAUCUCGUCGUUAACUGAAUUCUGAAUAGAAAGAUUAA